AUGGUCCUCGGCAUCAGCAACAGCGCCAGCAAAGUAGAGAUCAAGAAGGCAUACCACAAGGCUGCACUAGCACACCACCCCGACAAGGUCGCCGUCGAAGAGCGCGAGGAAGCAGAGGUCCGCUUCAAGUCCGCCAAGCAGGCCUACGAGAUCCUCUCCGACGAUGACAAGCGCCACCUCUACGACACCCACGGCAUGUCCGCCUUCGACCCCGCCCGUGGCGGCGGCGAGCAGCCAGACAUGGACGACAUCCUCGCCCAGAUGUUCGGCGGCAUGGGCGGGAUGCCGCCUGGCAUGGGUGGCUUCGGCGGCGGCGGCUUCGGCGGCAUGCCUGGUGGCCCUGGCGGGAGAAACGUGCCCAAGAAGGGCCGCAGCGUAGAGCAAGCGUACGAGGUCACGCUCGAGGAGCUGUACAAGGGCAAGACAACCAAGUUCUCCAACACCAAGAACAUUGUUUGCAACCAGUGCGAGGGCUCAGGUGGAAAGAAGGGCUCCAAGAGCCAUGACUGCGGAGUCUGCAGUGGGCGCGGCGCGAAGCAGGUCCUCCGCCAGGUCGGUCCUGGCCUCGUGACCCAAGAGACCGUAGCCUGCGGCAACUGCCAGGGCUCCGGCCAGAUCAUCCCCGAGAAGCAGCGUUGCAAGAAGUGCAAGGGCAAGAAAGUCGUCGAAUCGAAGAACGUCCUCGAGCUGUACAUCCCCCGCGGCGCACGGCAAGGCGAGCGCAUCGUACUCCAAGGCGAAGCCGACCAACUUCCCGACCAGGAGCCUGGCGACAUCAUCUUCACCCUGGACGAGGCCGAGCACGAGACAUUUGAGCGCGCCGGCGCCGAUCUGCGUGCCGUGCUGAAGAUCUCGCUCGUGGAGGCUCUGACCGGUUUCAACAGAGUAGUCUUGACACAUCUGGACGGCAGGGGCAUCCAGCUCAACGUUCAGCAACCGAACGGCAAGGUCCUGCGACCGGGCCAGGUCUUGAAGGUUCCUGGCGAGGGUAUGCCGAUGAAGCGCAGUGACGCAAAGGGCGAUUUGUUCCUCCAGGUUGAUAUUGAAUUCCCCGAGGAUGGCUGGCUGAAGAACGACGCAGCGCUCCAGAAGGUCAGGGACGCGCUUCCGGCAGCGACAAUUUCCAACGAGAAGCAUGAGGAGGUCGAAGAGGUGGAAGUCGAGUACGAGGCCGACAUGGAGGACUUCGGUGCCGGAUCGGGAGACCCACGGGCAGGCGGUGCUGAGUGGGAAGAUGACGAAGAGGAGGCUGGCCCACAAUGCGCGACACAGUAA